AUGGCGCAAUCAGGUGUCGAACAACCACCGUUGAAUGGCGAAAAAGCGCCUGCUCCAGAACCGCGCAAAUUCAAGGCCUCAGAUCUUCCUUUACCUUCUGCGACAAGAGCAGCAAUAGAAUCGCUUGCCCAUAGCUUCAAGAAGGAGGGAGCCUACGAUUCUAUUCGAAAACAAGUUUGGGACAAGUUUGAAGCCAGCGACUACGAGGCUCAGGUCACAAAAUCGAUUCUCGAGGUGGCCGAGCAGGAAAUCGAGCGCAACCCACAGCAGCUUCUCACACUUGACCGGAGAAAGGCUGCAGCUCUAAUUGAUGGCGCUCUAGAGAGAUCUGGGGUUUAUCACAAAGCUGAAGAUGUCAUCAGCCAGCUGAUCGAUGUUGGCGCCAUAGAGGAGCGCAUUCGCGAAACACGUCGGGCCGAAGUCGGCGAGGAAGCAGCUGAGGCAGAAAAGCUUCGAGGUGCCAAAACUGACGAAGAAUAUGAGGCCGAGACUGAGGCCCGACGUGCGGAACGUGAAAAGGUUCGGGAAGAACUGCGACAAAAAGAGGCCGCAAUCGAAGAGGAGAAACGAAGGAUUCUUAAAGAGGAACGAAAGAAGGAGGAGCGAGAGCGAGAGAAAGCCGAAAUAAAACGCCAGGAAGAAAGAGACGAGCGUCGCCGAAAGCGCGAACAAGAGCGCGAGGAACGUGAAAGACUACGGGAUAUUGAAAGAGAAAAGCGACACAAAGAGCGCGAGCGGGAUAGGGACCGAGACCGUGAUACAAGGGAUAGAGACAGAGACAGGGACAGGGACCGCGAUCGGGACAGAGACAGAGAUCGUCAUCGUGAACACGACCGACAUAGGGAUGAUCGCCACAAGGAGAAACCGGCGGUCUCUGCGGAGCUGAAAGAGAAGCUCUCCAAAGAGGAACACGACCGACUGGAGCAAGAGGCUCUGGCUGAUUUGCUCCGCGAGAGCUCCAAGCCAGCCCAAAAGCAAGAGUUAGAGAUUGACUCUUCCCUCGCACCGCCACCACGCAAGACGGGGCCUGUUUCGGCUAUCAACCCGAUCAGGCGAGAACGCUCGUCGAUUGCAGAGGGUCGCAAAACCAGCGAUGCAGGGCUCGGAGCUGAACGUGAUGGUCCUGGAACACCUGCACAGGCCAAGAGACCUGACGCGGACGAUCGGAAAACGAGUCGUAGUGCUUCUCGGAUCGUCGACCGCGAUGGAGACCGCGAGAGAGAUAGAGAACAGGCCUCAGCGGUUCACGUAUUCGGGAUAGACGUGACCGAAGUCGGUCUCGAGUUAGAAGGGAGAGGACUCGGUCACGAACUGGCAGAGAGGACCGUGCGGUUAGAAGCCGAUCACGACCCAAGUAUGACCACUACGAGCGAAGCAGAUCCCGAAGACGUGAUCGUAGCCGUUCUCGACCUAGAGUGGUCGACCGAAGAGAGAGAAGCCGAUCUAGACCUAGACCCGAGCGACGAGAUCGAAGCAGAGACAGAAGGGACCGCUCACGACUGCGCUCUGAUAGACGGGAGAGGAGCCGUUCCCGUCCUCGACGUGAUCAGAGCAUAUCUCGCGAUGCUCGUCUUGGUGGAGCUGAUCAUUAUGAUCCUCGAGAAAGAGAGCGUGAACGAGACAGAGACCGACCUCGUGACCGAGAGCGCGACCGCGAGAGAUCUCCUG